AUGUUGAAGAUAAACGCGCCUGAAAACUUCGAAUUUGCUAAGCCACAACUGUGGCCUGAAUGGAAACAGCGCUUUCAGCGUUAUAGAAUAGCGACGAAGUUAAACAAAGAAGACGAUGAAAUUCAAGUCAGCACGCUUAUAUACUCGAUGGGAAAGCAAGCAGAACACGUCUAUAAAACCUUUAGACUUGAGAAAGGCGAAGAAGGAUAUGAGACAGUUCUAGCACAAUUUGAUGCCUAUUUUGUCCCGAAACGAAAUGUAAUUCACGAGCGAGCCCGGUUUUAUCAACGCCGACAGCAUGCAGGAGAAACUGUUGAAGCGUUCAUCCGAAGCCUGUAUGAAUUGGCAGAGAACUGUGAUUUUGCCGAUGCACGAGACGAACAAGUUCGAGAUCGGAUAGUUAUUGGACUAUUAGAUAAAAACGUGUCGCAAAGGUUACAGAUGAAAGCCGGUUUGGAUCUACAAUCGGUGGUAGAAAUAGCAAGACAAUCGGAGUUAGCCGGUUAAAAGCCAAUUGAUCGAGCGUGAGUCAUUAGAGACAAAGCAGAUUGACGAAGUGCAACGACAAAGGAAUUAUCGCCGAGGUGAUGGGAACAAAAGACAGACGUUAUCAUUUCAACAACAACAGCGGUGUGGUAGGUGCAAUAGAAAGCAUGUUACUGAGUCACAAUGUCCUGCAAGAGGUAAGAAAUGUAGAAAAUGUGCUAAGAUAGUGCAUUUUUCCGCUGUGUGUAGAACUAAAACUAUACAAAGGAAAGCUGUUGGUGAAAUUUCAAAGAAGUCGGACGAACUUGUCCGAGAGUGGGACGAAACUUUCUUUUUGGGUUCCGUUAUGUCAUGUAACCGGGACAAAGAUCCCUGGCAAGUUGACCUUAAGUUGAAUGGGCAACCAACUAAAUUUAAGAUAGAUACCGGAGCUGAUAUAACAGUCAUACCAGAAGCCAUUUACAGUAAUUUAGUACCGCGUCCACCCCUUCAAUCAACAACAGCUGUCCUUCAAGGUCCUGGGGGAAUAAUUGCAUGUAUUGGUGAAAUUACUGCAAUUUUAUCAUAUAAAUUGGUGGAAUAUCCAGUUCGUAUUUUUGUUGUUCGGGGAAAAAUGUGA